AUGGACAAAAUUGAAGCCCGCGGUGUGAUUAAAUUCCAUUUGAAGGGUAAUAGCGCCCGCCAAAUCCAUGAUGAAAUGAUGGCUGUUUAUGGUGAUGAAAGUCCAUCAUAUGACACUGUUGUGAGAUGGAAAAGGAACUUUCAAACUGUACACAUGUCCCUCUCAGACGAGCCUCGGUCCGGAAGACCCUCAAUCACAGAUGAUCUUGACACGGUGAAGAAAGAUGAAGAGAAUUUCUUUGCAUGUCUCAUGAAUAUGGAUGAAUGCUGGGUCUACCUGUAUGAUCCGAAGACCAAAGAAAUGAGCAAGGAGUGGAAACAUACCCCCUCCAUAAAAAGCUACAGUGCAGAAAGCUGCAGGGAAGGAAAUCCAGUGGAGAAAGUCAGGGAUGCAGAACAGAAAGCCAGGGAUGCAGACGAAAUUCAGCAAAUUCCGAGAUUCCUGUUGCCGUGUAAUACUAAUAACAGGAGAACUGACACAGCCCCAACAUCAGCACAUGCGUUAAAUCCGCUGGACAUAAAAGUCAUCUCCACUCUCCGAAGUCUAAAAAUUAAAUCCACCACAAACGGCCACAGCGUGAAUCUUUUUGCAGGCCUGGAAGAGGCGCUCCUGGGAGCGAGUCGGCUGACCGAGUCAUAUGUUGGCCAGAGAUUGCAUGAUUCCGUCUCCAACAUAUCCCCGGUGCCCCAGACUAAGCUGGUAGAUGAAGCCAAGAAACUGACGGAAAGUCUCCAGCAAAGCCUGACGGUGUCUUUCGCUGACGACUGGAAGAUGAUCCUGAUAUUUGUUGCGGCAGACGACCCGUGUGGCUUCUGUGGUCAGGAAGACUACACUCAAAAUACAAUGAAAGAGCUAACCGAGGCUCUAGAUUAUUUACAUGAACAGAUGCCAAAAACAUUUGUCAGUUUGGUGGAUUUGACGGUGCUGAGCGGCCUCUAUCUGUCCCACCCCAGCAACGCUGAGAUCAGGAAAUCCUGCGAGUGUUUUGAAAAUCCCUCUGACUACAACAAAGCCAUGCUCCGAUUCUCCUUUCAGGCUGCUCUUGAGAGAUUAAUAAGUUCUGAGAGAUACGAUACGAGGAAGGACUUUACAGUGGCCUUACACCCUGUGCUGCAUGUGGUGGAUUCCGAGAGAAAUAACUUCAAUAACUAUGGAGAGGUGUAUAGGGUGCAGUGCUCGGCGCAGGACACGUUAUUCCUGAACACGCAUAAGAACAGUCCCUACAUGUGGCAGAAGGAGAUGAUGCUGACCGAAGACAGUGGACCACAGCCGUGGAAGAUCGGUUCCAACUUCUCCUGUGCUGACCUGAGCCCUUCAGACACAAUCCCCACCUCUGUUCACAGACUGAAGGCAGGAGACAUUAAAGUCAUCGCUGCUUUGGGAGACUCAAUCACUGCAGGGAACGGGGCAGGAGCCAUCGUCAUUGACCUCCUGGACGUGGUGACUGAGUACCGUGGAUUAUCCUUUAGCAUUGGUGGGGAUGGAGACCUCAGUAACACGACCACACUGCCAAAUAUCUUGCGGCAAUUCAAUCCUGAUAUUCAAGGAUACUCACUUGGAAGAGGUUCUCAUCAUCUUCCCAACGCGAUGCUAAACCGUGCCGUGCCAGGAGCAAAAGCAGAUGACAUGCUCGAGCAAGCCGAGUACUUGGUGAGGGGGUUGAAGAGGCUGAGCGUUUCUGGAAGCAUAAAUUAUACAGAAGACUGGAAGCUCCUGACUAUAUUUAUAGGAGGGAAUGACCUGUGCGGAAUCUGCAAGAACCCGGUAUAUCAUUCUCCAGAACAGUUUGUUUACCGCAUCAAGCAAGCCCUGGACUACUUGCAGCAAGAGGUUCCAAGGAUGUUUGUGAACCUGGUGACAAUUCUGGACAUUUUGCCACUGAAAGCUCUGUACGAUGAUAAGAGAACUCGCUGUCCACAGCAGAUCAUGAGUUCGCUAUGUGGAUGUGUGGUGAAUUUUACUCAGGAUACUGUACAAAUUGCAACUCUUAAGACAUUCAACAAGCAGUACCAAGAAAAGACUCACCAGCUGGUGGAGAGUGGACUGUAUGAUACGACAGAAGAUUUCACAGUCGUUGUUCAGCCAUAUUUGGAGCAUCUAGAGAUACCAUUAAAAGAGGAUGGAUCUCCUGACCGAUCCUAUAUGGCUCCAGACUGCUUCCAUUUUGGAGAGGCAGCCCACGCCCAGAGCGCCCGUAGCUUGUGGAAAAACAUGUUCGAACCUGUCGGCCAGAAGACUGAUAGCCAGGCACUUGAUGAAAAUAUUAAAAUUGAGUGCCCUCCUCAGGAUGACCCUUAUCUGAAGACUAUGAAGAACAGCAACUAUGUUUACCCAACCAUUACUCCAGAUCCUGUGCAUGGGACCAAACUUGAGUGUGCAGACCGCUCUCCAUCGCCCGUGAAACCCACGUCCGUGCAUGCACUGAGACCGGGGGACAUUACUGUCGUGGCAGCUGUUGGCGACUCACUGACCGCCGGGAAUGGAAUUGGUUCCGCUCCGGGAGAUGUGUUAGAUGUGCUCAGACAAUACCGCGGAUUAUCCUGGAGCAUUGGUGGAGAUUCUACUCUGAAACAAGUGACUACGUUGCCAAAUAUUCUUCUCGAGUUCAACCCUUUUGUCACUGGCUACGCAACGGAGAUAGGAAAUAGCGCUGGUCACAACUCCUUCCUGAAUGAAGCCGUCCCUGGGGCCAAAGCUUUUGAUAUGCCCAGCCAAGUUAGAGCCCUGAUUGACCAGAUGAGCCUAGACCAGAGGGUAAAUUUUAGAAAUGACUGGAAAGUAAUCACGAUGUUCAUUGGCGCCAAUGACCUGUGUGCCGCCUGUACCGACAGCAAUAUGUUUUCCGCAGUCAGUUACAUCAGCCACAUCCAGGAGGCUCUGGACAUGCUCUACAACGAGGUACCCAGGGCCUUUGUCAAUCUGGUGGAGGUGAUGGAUCUAAUCCCCCUGAGAGAGGCGGUACUGGAUAGCCGAGUGCAGUGUCCCACUUUCAUUACAAGGCUGCUGUGUCCCUGUCUUCUGAACGUCCCUGAGAACUCACACGAGAUGCAAGUGACAAAAGACGCCAACAGCGCAUAUCAGCAAAGUCUCCAACAUUUGGUUUAUUCUGGAAAAUAUGAUAAAGAGGACUUCACGGUGGUCCUGCAGCCAUUCUUCCAUCACACCAAGAUCCCACAUCUCCCGAAUGGGACCCCUGAUGUAUCCUACCUCGCCCCAGACUGCUUCCACCUCAGCCAGAAGGCUCAUUCUCAACUGGCCAGGAUGCUCUGGAACAACAUGCUUGAACCCCUUGGUAGCAAAACAGACACCAUGGAUUUUGUAGCCAGUGUUCCUCUUCAUUGUCCAACACAGGCGCAGCCCUUCCUGAGGACACACAAAAACAGCGACUUCAGUUAUCCCAUACAACCAACACCGAAACCUGUCGAUAACUGGGGCAGUGACAUGGAGUGCUAUGGUGUCAUGCCAAUCUCUGACAACGUUCCCACAUCAGUCCAUAAACUACGUCCAGGGGACAUUAAAGUGGUGGCAGCUUUGGGAGAUUCAUUGACGGCUGGUUUCGGUGCUAAUGCGACAUCCCUUCUGAAUCUUGCCGUUGAGUCGAGAGGUAUCUCCUGGAGUAUUGGAGGAGAUGAGGCUCUAGAGAAACAUACAACGCUGCCGAAUAUUAUGAAGAAAUUCAAUCCUAAUUUACAGGGAUUCUCCACCGGUACCGGGAGCCGAAACCAGAUGUUUAAUGUGGCAGUUAGCGGUGCCAAAGCCGAGAACAUGUUAUCUCAGGCCCAAACUUUGCUACAGAAGAUGAAGGAGAGCUCUGUUAUUAACUUCAAUGAAGACUGGAAAUUAAUCACCAUUUUUAUUGGUGGCAAUGACCUCUGCCAGUACUGCCAGAAUAGGGACCGGUAUUCUCUGAAGAACCACAUCCAACAUCUGAAAAAUACGCUGGACGUAUUCUAUAAUGAGAUCCCUCGAGUUUUCGUGAACCUGGUGGAGAUAAUGGAGGUGGAAGGACUGCGUAAGGUCACCUCGGAGAACAUCGGCUGCAGCCUUUUAAAGCCCAACCUCUGUCCCUGCUUCAUAAACCCGCGGGACGGUUCUCCAGAACUGAAUGAAAUAAAGAGAUUCAACCGAGAUUUGCAGAUACAAGUGACCGCCUUGGCUGAGAAAUACCAGGGCCGGGAGGACUUUGCAGUGGUGGCGCAGCCAUUCUUCAAAAAUACCGUGGUGCCAGUAGACCAUCUCGGAGAGCCGGACGUCAGCUUCUUCUCGGCUGACUGCUUCCACUUUAGUGAGAGGGGACACGCGGAGAUGGCCAUCGCUUUGUGGAACAAUAUGCUGGAGCCCGCUGGUGAGAAACAAAACCACAACAACUUCACCCAUGAUCGACACAAGCUGAAAUGUCCUUCCAAUGACCACCCGUUCCUCUUUACUCUGAAGAACAGUUUUCCCCUAGAGGAUGAAGAACCAACACAUAACCCAGAACCAACACAGAAACCAGAACCAACACACAAACCAGAACCAACACAGAAACCAGAGCCACCACCAGGAGUCACUGUGCCAAAAGAUGACGACCAGGUGCCAUACUGGGCUGUUAUAGUGGCCUCCAUCGGUGGCGUGGCUCUGGGAUGUGCCGUUGUUGGGAUUGCGAUGUCGAUGACCUAUCGGAAGCGAGCGAGUAAACAGAAACGACUUAGCGAGAGCGGCUCCUCCUUCUGAGACGACCUGUGGUGCCCAGAACUAUGUACAGAUCUGUAGUAUAUAAUUAAUCGCACAUAUCAGUGACAAUCCGGCUCGUUAUCCGCUCUCCAGCCACGUUUCCUGCUCGCUGGAAAAUUCAACACUAACCACGUUUACCAACUUGAUCGUCUUAAAUUCACAAUAGAACAAAGGUUUCGCCAUCACACAUAUCAUAAAACACCCCGGAAACUGAAUGUAAUUUCCUGUGUAAUAAUGAAGAGACUCCCAUUAUAGUAUAUAUUCUAUUAUUUCUACACAAGGAUCACAAUGUAAAUCUGCCCCUAUUAUCGUUUAUAUCUGUUGUGAUUGCAGCAGAUUACAUAGGAGGAACAAUUCUUCCUUAUAUCCGUGAGGGUUACACCCCGACUAUUACAUAAGCAGACAAUAAAUAAUAUGAUCUAAGUUCUUACAAUAAUAGGAAAUGUGUUUUAAAAUAAUAUUUGCAAAGACGAACGUUUAUAUCAAUGUGUAUUUCUGUGCAAAUGAUCACUUGCAAAAUAAAGAACAUACACUUAAUGCGGAA